CGGUGAAACACUUGCGGCUGUGAUGAGUGCAGUGCGAGUGUGUGCAGCGCCCCUGGCCUCGAAUGAACACACUGGAUCAUCAGCAGCAGCUUUUCAUUGAGGGGAAUCGCAGAAACAAGGGGGCUGUCAGAGACUUCAGGAGCGGGGGCCAAAGAAAACCCAGGCGGGCAAGUGUGCGUAGGAAAGAAGGCAAUUCCUGUUGAGGCAGAGAUGACGGAGGUUAGCGAGAUAUUGAUGUCGGUUCUGUCCGCGAUUCGGGUUCCGAGGCCCGGGGAUCGUGUUCACAAAGACGAGUGCGCUUUCUCCUUCUCCAGCCCGGAGAGUGAGGGGGGCUUGUAUGUCUGCAUGAACAGCUUUCUCGGAUUUGGGAGUAAAUACGUGGACCGACACCAUGCCAAAACUGGUCAGAGAGCUUACCUGCACAUCACCCGGACCCGGAAAACACAGAAGGAGGAUGAUCCCAAUUCAGGAUCAGGUGAUCCUCCUAAAAAGAAGCCCACAAGACUGGCCAUUGGUAUUGAGGGAGGGUUCGAUGUUGAGCAGGAGCAGUAUGAAGAAGAGGUCAAGGUGGUUCUUUUCCCAGACCGACAGGAAGUGACACUGGAUGAUCUCUCCUCCAUGCCAGAUGUUGUUCGGGAGCGGGUGUCUCUGUCAGUGGCGGAGCUUCAGGCAGCAGACUCAGUGUCACACACUCUGCAGGUGCAGCAGUGGGACGGAGAAGUGCGACAGGAGUCAAAACAUGCUGCUGAACUUAAACAACUCGACAAUGGCCUCAAAAUCCCGCCAAGUGGCUGGAAGUGUGAGGUCUGUGAGCUGCAGGAGAACCUGUGGAUGAAUCUGACGGACGGGAAAGUUUUGUGUGGCCGGAGAUAUUUUGAUGGCUCUGGGGGGAAUAACCAUGCCCUCCUGUACUACCAGCAGACUGGAUACCCACUAGCUGUUAAACUCGGCACAAUAACACCUGACGGAGCAGAUGUCUAUUCAUAUGAUGAAGAUGAUAUGGUAUUAGAUUCUAAGCUCCCAGAACACCUUUCCCAUUUUGGCAUUGAUAUGAUGACUAUGGAAAAGACGGAGAGAACCAUGACUGAGCUGGAGAUCGCAGUUAACCAGCGUGUGGGAGAGUGGGAGGUCAUCCAGGAGUCCGGCACCACUCUGAGGCCCCUGUGGGGUCCGGGACUCACCGGCAUGAAGAACCUGGGAAACAGCUGCUACCUCAACUCUGUCAUGCAAGUGCUCUUCACCAUCCCAGACUUCCAGACCAAAUACGUUUCCAACAUUGACAAGAUCUUUGAUGAGGCGCCCAGUGACCCUACCCAGGACUUUAAGACUCAAGUAGCAAAGCUGGGCUAUGGCCUUUUGUCAGGAGAGUACUCUAAACCAGCCCCAGACCCCGCAGAUGAACCUAACACCUCUGCUGAACCCAGGGGUGACCAGGUUGGUAUUGCACCUCGCAUGUUCAAAGCUCUGGUUGGACGAGGCCACCCUGAGUUCUCCACCAAUCGGCAACAGGAUGCACAAGAGUUUCUUCUUCACUUCAUAAAUAUGGUGGAGAGGAAUUGUCGGUCAGGCAUGAAUCCUUCAGAAGCUUUCAGAUUCUUGGUAGAGGAGAAGAUUGUAUGCCAACAAUCACAAAAAGCCAAGUAUACCCAGCGAGUUGACUAUAUCGUCCAGCUGCCCGUUCCCAUGGACCAGGCAACUAAUAUGGAUGAGCUUCAAGAAGCAGAGCGUCGUCGUGAGGAGGCGGAGUCAUCUGGAGCUCCUCCCCCUGUUGCACCUCGUGCUCAGAUCCCAUUUGCUGCCUGUCUGGCUGCUCUCAGUGAACCGGAAACACUCACAGAUUUCUGGAGCUCUGCAGUUCAGGCCAAAACCACUGCCACAAAGACCACUCGCUUUGCUUCAUUUCCUGAUCAUCUUGUCAUCCAAAUCAAGAAAUUCACCUUUGGGUUGGAUUGGGUUCCUAAAAAACUAGAUGUGAGCAUUGACGUUCCUGAAACGCUGGAUCUGAAUGCGCUCCGUGCUAUGGGACAGCAGCCAGGGGAGGAGCUUCUGCCCGAAGUGGCCCCGCCCCCGCUCAUGACCCCCGAUGUGGAGGUUAAAGGUAUCCUGGGUUCCCAUGGCAACGAGGAGGACGACUCUCUCUACUCCCCACUGCUGUCUCCAGUGUUGGACGACUCCACAGUGUCUCAGCUGUGUGAGAUGGGUUUUCCUCUGGAGGCCUGCAGGAAGGCUGUGUAUUACACAGGAAACACUGGCAUUGAUGCUGCUAUGAACUGGGUGAUGGGACACAUGGAUGACCCUGAUUUCGCUGCACCUUUGGUGUUGCCUGGCUCUAGUUCUGCUCCUGGCACGACACCCACAGAAAGCCUACCUGAAGAACACCUGGCAACCAUUGUUUCAAUGGGAUUCAGUCGAGAUCAGGCUACUCGUGCUCUCAGAGCAACGAAUAAUGUUCUGGAGCGAGCUGUGGACUGGAUCUUCUCUCAUCUGGAUGAUCUGGAGUCCAUGGAUGUGUCUGAAGGAGGACGCUCAGAGGGUGGAAGUGAGGCCAGUCGAGAGCCUCCUCCAGGACCUCGUGUCCGUGAUGGAACUGGAAAGUAUGAGCUCUUUGCAUUCAUCAGUCACAUGGGAUCGAGCACAAUGUGUGGUCAUUACGUCUGCCACAUCAAGAAGGACCAACAGUGGGUCAUUUUUAACGAUCAGAAAGUUUGUGCCUCUGAGAAACCACCGAAGGACCUGGGAUACCUGUACUUUUACAGGAGAGUGGUGGAAUAAACUAGAAAAUCAUCUCUGUCUGUCUCAUGCACGCACACAUACACAUACACAUGCACACACACAGUUCUGUUUCUGGUCUAAAGGUAUAGUUGGCUCCUGCUUCUGAAAUGAUCCGCAGUUUAAGUCAAAGCACUUCUCCAUCUGAUAUAUUCACUAUUGAGAGACAGCUCACACAGGGGAAGGAAAAAAAAAUCAAAUGUAGGAUGUGCGGGUUAGAGUGUUCUUACUCAAAACGCCCAUGCUGUGCAGCGCCUUACCACACACACACACACACAAACACAAGACAGUAGUCUCCUUCGUGCCUCCCCCUGAUUGGAUAGUGGCUUUUGUGACAUCACCGCUUCUAGAGCUAAGCUCCACCUUCCUUUAUGUGUUCCAGAAUGUUUCUGCAAAUGUUUAAUGGCAAGUAAAUAUCACUAAAUCACACUCAAAUAACUGCUAAAUAUUAUGUAUUGGAGUUUUAAAUUUAAAAUAAUAAUAAAUGCAAAAGGUAUCGUGCGGUUUCA